AUGUCAAAAAGGGUUAUUACGGGAAUCUUGUCCAUAAUUGGAGCAUUUAUCUUUAACCUAUCCAUGGGUUAUUACUACACGAUGGGUAAUAUGGGUCCGUAUCUAGCAGCACAUAUGAAUAUCAAGAGUAGUGAAACGAUUUGGUUCAGUUCAGUCGCUCUGGCAUUUCAAGCUCUAACAAUGCCUAUUGGAGGCAUUUUGCACGUGCACUUCGGAUUUCGAUGGCCCGUGAUAAUAGGCUCUAUUAUGGGCUGGGGUGGUAUAUUUCUGUCUAGAUUGACUGUGGAACAUGGUUUGGGACCAUUCAUUGUAACUUAUUGCAUAAUGUUCGGAAUCGGGAUCGGUUUGCCUUAUUCCGUCUUUCUUUCCGUUGCAUCUUCCUGGUUUCCAGAACACCGUUCUGCGAUUGUUGGUUUGAUAGCUGCGGGAUACGGUCUUGGCGCUCUCGUAUUUACUCCAAUUCAAACUGCUUUAAUUAAUCCAAACAACAAUCCGGACUUCCAUUCACCUGAUGUUACUGAUCGUAUUCCGAAUGCCCUCUUGGUUUUUGGUGGAAUUAUUCUUGGAAUGCAGAUAAUUGGAAUAAUUCUUACUCAAGAAUAUAAACCAGUCAAUGUGGAAAUUCCACUAGAUUACAGCGAACCAAACUCCAACGUUACAUAUGCGGAGGGAAGCCUGGAAGACGAUUCAAGCCAUGAUUCAUACUUUGAAAAGACAAUGAAAUCCAUUCUUGUUAGCGUUCGUGUUAAAUCAAACCCAGUCGUCAGCUACACUGCCUUUGAAGCUCUCAGGAGCCCAGAUUUUUACUUUUUGUGGCUUGUAAUGCUAUUUGGCGUAGUACCGGUCACCCUUCAAACAUCCACAUUCAAAGCCUAUGGCAAGGAGUACAUUUCAGACGAUCAGUACCUAACUGUUAUUGCUACCCUGUCGUCCGCCUUCAACUGUCUUGGCCGAAUUAUCUGGGGUUUAAUUGCCGAUAGAUUCUCAUUCAAGUGUCCAAUGAAUAUCCUCUUCAUAAGCUGGGCUUCUAUGCUAGCAACAUUCCCAUUCAUUAGCCAAUCUCCGGCCUUUAAAAUACUCUAUCCCAUUUGGGUAUUUGUACUCUACUUUCUUUUGGCCGGCCACUUUGUCCUUGCUCCAGGAGCUGCUGGUAGAAUCUUCGGUCCACGUUACCUCUCAACAAUCUACGGUCUCAUCUUCUUUGCCAAUGCCCCGGGAACACUAAUUCUUUCCGGUAUUAUUAGUCACUUUCACAUUGACGGAAAGUGGGUUUACGUCUACUUCUCUUGCAUGGGCACUUGUCUAAUUUCUUUUGCUUGUUCGCUCUGCCUGAAGGAUGAAAAGGGAACUUGCAUGAAACCAACACAAUUCCUGACCAGGAUGUUCGACCCCUGUCGACGCCCGCCAGCAGCGGCUGAUGUAGAAGAUAGCGUCUUCUCCGAGUAA